GAUGCACUGCAGUACUUAAUGCAGCUGGUGGCCACACCAGGUACUGACUGACUUUUGAUUUUGACCCCCCCUUUGUUCAGGGACACAUUAUUCCAUUUAUGUUAGGUCACAUGUCUGUGGAACUUGUUCAAUUUGUCUGUUGUUGAAUCUUGUUAUGUUCAUACAAAUAUUUACACAUGUUAAGUUUGCUGAAAAUCAACAGUUGACAGUGAGGGGACAUUUCUUUUUUUGCUGAGUUUAUUUCACUGUGACAUGAUGUUGCUGACUACCAGGCAGUGAGGCAGUCUGUUUCUGUUUGAGUGGUGGGGUUGUCUGUUUUAAGCGCUGCAGCUGAGUCUUAUAAGUGAGAGGAGACGGCGCAGUACUUGCUGCAAGUUACAACAAGUUGUAGGUAGCCUAUUUAAAUGGAAAUAGGUGUGUCAAAUAAUGCCAACGCUUUUUACAACACAUUAACGUGCUAGAACUGAUGGCCCAUAUUAUGCCUGCUACAACAAUGUAAAAAAACAACACUUGUUUCCUGUAUUACAGUGAAAUGUAAGUGUUGGCAUGUGGACUAAUAUGUUGUUGAGUUGUGUUCUUACACUCGUACAGUCAUGCCCUAUGAGAGAUCUAUGACUGCGCAUGUGCGAAAAUAAAUAAAGUGCAUUUUCCCCCGUUCUGGUUGAAACACCAAUGAUGAACAUGUGUGUUUAUUCCUCCAUUAAGUAAACCGGUAUUCCUGUCCUGAAGAUGUCAGCACCAACAGGUUAUGGGCCCAGGAGGGAACAUGGAAGCCGAUGGAAUAGAUUAUAUUUCGACGGAGAUGAAAAAAACUACGAGUUAUGGGAGACAAAGUUUUUGGGGCACUUGCGUUUGCUUGGGCUAAAGGCCGCCAUAUUGAGCGUGGAUGAAGAUGAAGAAGACGGAGAGAAAAAUGAAGAAGCCUACGCCGAAUUGAUACAGGUUUUGGAUGAUAAAAGUCUUUCCCUGAUAAUGAGAGAAGCAGCAGAUGAUGGGAGAAAAGCGUUAAAGAUAUUGAGGGAACAUUAUGCAGGUAAAGGGAAGCCACGUGUGAUUAGCCUCUACACUGAACUAACUUCUCUUCAGAAAGCCGCUGACGAAAGUGUUACGGACUAUAUCAUUCGUGCUGAGACGGCUAUUACAACACUGAGAAAUGCUGAAGACUUUAAGUGAUGGGCUGUUGAUUGCAAUGAUUCUGAAAGGUUUGCCCGAAUCAUUUAAGCCGUUUGCCAUCCACAUUACGCAGAGUGACGAGCCGACAACUUUUGGCAAGUUCAAAACCAAGUUGAGGAGCUAUGAAAGCACCGAGAAGUUUAGCGCCAUUUCCACUGACGACAACGUGAUGAAGGCAAGUAACAUUAAAGUUAGCUGGCCAAGAGGGAGAGAUAAAGGGACCGAGAUAACCUGCUUCAACUGUGGCCAGAAAGGGCACAAGGCCCGGGAAUGUACCGUUACUGGAGAGCGCAAAGAACGGAGACAGUGGUGUAGUUUUUGCAAGAGAUCCACUCAUACUGACGCAAAUUGCAGACGAAAAAGAAGAGACAAUGUGAAACAAGCAACAGAUGCUGAAAGCCACACAUUUGCAUUCAGAAUAAGUGACUGUCAGGUUAGUGGACUGAAACAGAAAGGGCUGAUGGUGGAUACGGGAGCAACGUCACAUAUAGUCACAGACAUCGGGAAGUUUAAGGAGUUUGACGAGACUUUCAAACCGGAAAAACAUUCCGUGGAGCUGGCUGACGGAACAAGAACGAAUGGUGUCGCGGAGAGGAGAGGUGCAGCGGAGGUUUACCUGAGAGACAACACGGGUCGUCGGGUAAAAACAACGCUGACGAAGGCGCUGUACGUGCCGUCGUUUCCACAGGACAUUUUCUCUGUUAAAGCAGCGACAGCCAACGGAGCUUCAGUCAACUUUCGACAGGGGUGUAACAAGCUCAUCCACAAGAACGGUACCACUUUUGACAUCAAGGAGUACGAUAGACUUUACUAUCUUAACACUGUAAGUGAUGAAAAUGAUGAUGGAUGUCAUGGGUGCUAUGAUAUUCACACAUGGCACAAAAUUCUUGGGUUACAUGUUUGGAAUAUAAACUGACAUUUGUGAGAUGAAUAACUGUAAGCUAAAUGUGUUGAUAAAGUUAGGUUGAAUACGACUUGUACAGUAUAAGAGCAAGUGGGGGUGUUGGCAUGUGGACUAAUAUGUUGUUGAGUUGUGUUCUUACACUCGUACAGUCAUGCCCUAUGAGAGAUCUAUGACUGCGCAUGUGCGAAAAUAAAUAAAGUGCAUUUUCCCCCGUUCUGGUUGAAACACCAA